AUUUCUCUCUUCUUUUGUUUAUUCGGUUAACUGAUUUUUACACCCCAGUUCCUAUAACGUUCCUACCUUCUCUUAGACUUUUUUUAAAAGUCAAAGACUAUUUCAAUUUUUUAAGUUAACGAAAAAUUUUUUAAACUUGCAAAAAAUUAUUUUAUGAUAUUUUCUCAUAUUUUUUUUUUUAAAAAAAAUUACCUUAAAAAAACCAACCCUUUACUCUUUUUCUUAUUUUUAACCGAUAUAAUUAAACAAAAUAUUUUUAUGAUAUAAAAUUUAUCACUUUUUUUAACGAAAACAUAAUAAACGAAACACACUUUUUCCCUUUUAUACCUUUCAUAUCACACAAAUAAUCAUGGUUUUACUCGUAUUGACUGACCGUAUCCGAACUGCCAUAUACCAUGCUUUACAAUCACCUGAAUUUGAUGAAUCUGCCAAACAAAGGCUCAAAAAUUAUCUUAAACUUUCCUCUUGUAUUCCUCUCGACCUUAUCAAAGAGGUUUCAAAAUUCUUGGUUAGCCACGAUGGCAAACUCGGUAAAGAAAUUGGCCUUUCACACUAUUGGCUACAUGAGCUGCUCACCGGGAGCGGGGUGUACUUGGAACCUCGCAAAGAGAAGGUUAAGAGUCCAGAAUUAGUUGCUAGGUUAGAAAAAAUUCUUGCCGAACAAGCCAAUAAAGAAUAUGCGCGUAUGGUUGGCAAAGUCGCCUCCUCUUAUGAUGUAGAGACCUUUAAACUACUCGAUACCGAAGAAUUCCAAAGUGUUCGCAGCCAGCUUACUGCCAUAGUCAACAUCACGUUUACCGUUGUCGCCGUUUUUGCAGCUGUAUAUCAUGUAGCUCAAACAAUUACUGGUGAUACGGGAAUGCGUGUGUUGCUCGCUUUUACCGGAAGUGUUAUCGUUGGUGUUGCAGAAACAUUUUUGUAUAUGCGAUAUCUUACUGGAUACGACAAAGACGAUACGAAAGAGCGUAAACCACGAAGAAGGUCAACCACUACAGGCUAUCAUAAUAAAGCUGCUACUACCUAUACCUCUACUUCAAGAAGGUCAAGAACACUAUGAUCAAUUAUAGCAUCUCAUUUUUCUUACAGUACAAAAAAAAA